AUGGCGUCCAACACCCGCAUCUUCCAGUGGCUCCUGCGUUACCGCUGGGGAGGACAGGAGGGCGCAGGGGAGGAGAGGAGGAAGCAUGGAGAAGAGGAGGAAGCAGAGACUAGAGGAGGAAGCAGAGACGAGAGGAGGAAGCAGAGACGAGAUGAGGAAGCAGGGAGAAGAGGAGGAAGCAGGGAGAAGAGGAGGAAGCAGGGAGAAGAGGAGGAAGCAGGGAGAAGAGGAGGAAGCAGAGACGAGAGGAGGAAGCAGAGACUAGAGGAGGAAGCAGAGACGAGAGGAGGAAGCAGAGACGAGAGGAGGAAGCAGAGACGAGAGGAGGAAGCAGAGACGAGAGGAGGAAGCAGAGACGAGAGGAGGAAGCAGAGACGAGAGGAGGAAGCAGAGACGAGAGGAGGAAGCAGAGACGAGAGGAGGAAGCAGAGACGAGAGGAGGAAGCAGAGACGAGAGGAGGAAGCAGAGACGAGAGGAGGAAGCAGAGACGAGAGGAGGAAGCAGAGACGAGAGGAGGAAGCAGAGACGAGAGGAGGAAGCAGAGACGAGAGGAGGAAGCAGAGACGAGAAGAGGAAGCAGAGACGAGAAGAGGAAGCAGAGAGGAAAGGGGGAGAUACAGAGAGGAUAG